AUUUACAAGCAGGCAAUUAUCUGCUUAUACAUCAGUAUAAAAUUGAUUACUAUUGACUCAAGUUAGAAAUUUUAUGUGGGCAGCUCUCAAUUGGCCGUUUGCGUAUAUUUGCAGCGAAAUUUGAAAAUUGUUUCAACUACAAAUUGUACACCGGACUUUAGCUUCGUAAGAAGGGAUAACGUCAAACUACUAAUCAGCCGUUGCCCGCCACGUACAAUUUGUCAGUUGCAUGCUUGCUCCGUCGAAACAACACGGAUAGCACGUGAAGAAACAGGCUCUCGGUUUUACAUGACAAUUUGUUGAGAAAAUGGCAAUUAACAAGCACUCUAAGUUGUUGGUCUGCGCGGCCGGUAUAUUUGUGUGCUAUUUCUAUUUUGGCAUGCUGCAAGAGAAGAUAACCCGCGGACAAUACGGCGACGAGAACAAUAGAGAGAAGUUCACGUAUAUGUUUGCGUUGGUCUUUGUUCAAUGUUUAGUUAAUUAUGUAUUUGCCAAAACUAUCCUGCUGACGGUGAUGAAGCAGGGCGAGGACACCACGUCGACUCUAUACUACUUUAUCUCUUCAUUGACAUAUCUGCUUGCUAUGGUGUGCAGUAACAUGGCAUUGAAGUUUGUCAAUUAUCCAACACAGGUGAUCGCAAAGUCUGGCAAGCCUAUUCCUGUGAUGGUACUGGGUGUACUGCUGGGAAAAAGGGUAUAUCCAAUUAGAAAGUACUUAUUCAUUUUUCUGAUUGUUGUUGGAGUUGCAUUGUUUAUGUAUAAAGAUGGUGUCGUCUCAAAAAAGCAAUUGGAAGAACAAUCGUCAGUUGGAGAAUUGUUACUAUUGUUAUCGUUAACGAUGGAUGGACUAACAAGUGCAGUGCAAGAGAGAAUGAGAGCAGAGCAUAAUACAAAAUCAGGCCACAUGAUGGUCAAUAUGAAUAUCUGGUCUGUUAUAUUUAGUGGCAUCGUAAUCCUCAUUUCUGGGGAACUCUUUGAAUUCAUCAGUUUCCUUCAACGAUAUCCUUCCACUAUAUGGCACAUAACAACAUUUUCUAUAGCUGGGGCAUUUGGCCAAUACUUUAUAUUUUUAACAGUAGCUGAAUUUGGUCCAUUGCCAUGCUCAAUUAUAACCACUACUAGAAAAUUCUUUACUGUUUUAGGCUCUAUAUUAAUCUUUGGUAACAAUCUCACACCUAGACAGUGGUUGAGUACAUUUAUAGUAUUCUCAGGUCUGUUUCUAGAUGCCACAUAUGGCAAAGAUAAAAGUAAAAAAGGAACUACAAAUUAGGAUAUAAUUACCUUUCCGAUACUUGCUUCAAAGACAGAGAGGAAUGAUAUAUACUUCCACUGAUUAAGUUAAUACCUAUCUCUAAAAGUAAUUUAUGAUGUAUUAGGAACAUUCUUAUUAGGAGCUCUGACAAUAGGUUCAAAAAGCAAAUCAUAGCAUUAAAUUGAUAUAUUUCCCAUUUAUAUUUUUUGCAAAUGGUAAGAUCAAGUUCUAAUGAUCUUUAGGAAUAUGUUGUCACAUAAAAGGUUUUGUAUGAACUUUUCUACAAUUGCAUAAAUUCAGUGCAAAAGUA